AUGAAAAAGGAAAAGAAAAUCGAGACACCCGAUAACCCCAAUGGUCCGAAGCCGUCGCCUACUAAACGGCGUUUGAAAACAACGAAACGCACAGACGUAGCAUGCAAAAAAAAUGAUAUUUCAACGGCAGACGUUCCGUCUUUUAGCCCGAAACCGGUCAAAGAACCGCGACGCACAGAUCUGUGUCCGGGCCGCCGUCGCCGCUAUAACCAUAAUAAUUUGCCAUCGUCAAACGAGGUAAAAGACGACGGUAAAUCGGAAGCGGCUGUUCGAAAAUUGGAAAACGAAGAGGACGAAACAUUGUGUUCCAUAAAACAAUUUGAAAGCUCGCAGGAGGAAAUGAUAUCGGGUGACGCGAACUCGGACAACCGUUGGGAUAAUCAAACGACAGCCGCGGCGGCGCGGGCACUCGACGAUAGAGGCGACUUUUCACGCGGAAGCCGUGACGGGUUUACCCCGUCGUCCACGUCGUCACCCGAAAAUCUCACGGCAGGCACGGUCAAACCCGCCAAGGGAAAAAUGUCGAAACGAACACGGAAAACCGCGGCCGAGAAAAAAUCGAAAAUUCCCGAUACGCCGUCACGACCGCAACAGCAACCGACGUCGCGGUCCCACGACGACGUGAACAGAUACAUGCAUCUUUUGGUUUACUUGAACAGGCGGCAAAGGGAGAAACAGGUCAAAACCGUGUACUCGACCGAAAAUCUCAAACCGGCGAAAAAGAAUACGCAAAACGUGGCCUCGAGCUUGACAGCGUUCAUCAACCGGAAACUGAAGACCAACGAAAUCGUGCGGACCAACCGGGUGAUCAUCCAGAAAAUAUUGAACGCCAAGACGACCAUACCGAGGACUAAGAAAUAA